AUCGUCGACUACUAUACAACCGCAUGUUCACUUUUCAUCUAUUUCUCCAAUAUCAUCUACUACCCCCUCACUUCAUAGAAAUUCCAUUAAUGAGCUUGGUUUGAAUGAAGAUGAAUGGGUAUUAACGGAAAUACCUGAAGAAUUAAAAAAUGCAGAUACAAAUUCUGCUAAUAUUACUGAAGCUAAUUCAAUGCAAACAGAUUGGAAAAGAAAAUUAUUUUUAUUAUUAGAAGAUCCAUCUUCGAGUAAUGCAGCAUUAAUAGUUCAUGUGUUUGUAUCUUUUUCAAUUGUUUUGAGUGCUGUGUUGACCACCAUCGAAACAAUACCAUCCUUUAGAUCUACUUCCGGUUCAGUAUGGUUUAAUUUUGAGACUACAUUAGUAGUAGUGUUUACAAUUGAAUAUAUUCUAAGAUUUAUAGCUCAUUCAGAUUCGAUCAAACAAUUAUGGCAAUUCAUAAAAGCUCCUCUGACUAUUAUCGAUUUCAUUGCAAUUGUUCCAUAUUAUAUUGCAUUGGGAUUCCAUCAUGAUACACUUAUUGCUCUACCUUCAAUUAUCGUUGGAAGGAAUUUCACACUAGUUUGGGAAGCAAUGAGACAAUAUCGUAGAUCAGCAGCAGGUUAUGUAAGAGAUAAUCAUAACAAUCCUGAUGAUAAUAUUGAAGAUAACGGAAGUGAAGGAUAUCCAAUUGAUACGCUUGUUGAAGUAGGUGUAUUAAUUGAUGUAUCAGUAUUGGUCAAGGAAAUAUUUGUUGAUUCAGUAAGAGUUUUUGAGCAGUCAAGUUCAAUUGAUGGAGAAGAUACUCAAUUUAUCCAAUGUCCUACUAAAGCUGGACAAGUAGCACCACCUCAACUUACUGUCACAAUUUUACCUGAUCCUGUCGUUGCUGGACAAACUAGUACUUUUACUAUUUCUGGAACACUGAGUCGUCCUGUCGCCAAGGGCGACUUUACCGGUGCUGGUUUUUAUGAUCCUGCAACUAAGAGUAUCAUAGGUGAUGUAGCUAUGGCGCCAGCCAGCCCUGCAACACCAUUUUCUCAAACAUUGAGUGUUAAUGUACCAGCAGCAUUACCUGCACAAUACAUGAUUAUAGUUAUAGUUGCGAAUCUAAAAACUGAUGACAUUAUAGGCUGUGCAGCUGGUAUAGUUGGUGGUUCCGUUAAAGUUGUAGAUUUUAGCUAUAAUUCCAUUCUUGCAAGUUAUAAU